ACUUGCAAAAUUUCAUUGUUUGAUGUGAACUCAUUCUUCAUUGAAUCUAACUAAUUGUAUACGUUUGCAGUUGUCGACGUUGGACCUUUUGUUUGAGGAGAAUAGGUCGAAGAAUGUGACUUUCGUGGAUUUCGGAAUUGACAGGAAAGAUCGCGGGCUUCCUCAACAAGACAAUGACCGAGAUUGCGGUGUAUACGUCAUGAAGUACAUGGAGGUUGUGGCCAAUGAGGAAGAAGUAGUUGAUGAGUUUCACCCGGUUGAGGCACGUUUGGAAAUCGCUGCGAGGAUCAUAACUGAUGAACAAAAUGAAAUUCGUACCAAAGUGGUUGAAGAUCGUAGGGCUGCACAAGGCACCUCAUUUGCAUCAUCCUCGGCCCCUUUGCGCAAUCCGUCAAAGUCUCCACGCGAUCCCCGGUUCAGUACAGCGAAGUCUCGCCAUGCAAACAUGUUUCCCCCGUUAAGAUCCUCCCCUAGGUUUCAGUCUAGCAAGACUAAGAUUUCAUAUGGUGAAUAGUCUGUAAAAAACACUUGUGUUAUUAAUAGGUUGUGUUAUUAGUGUGUUGUGUAGUUUGGAUUUGGGAGCAUAGGUUGUGUUAUUUGUGUGUUCUUUAGUUUGGAUUUGGGAGCAUUUGGAUUUAGACAUCUGUUUUUAUUAGUUGACGUUUGGAACUGGU